AUGCUGACUACCACUUUGACUGCCCGCCGGGCCAUCCCCGCAUCGCGCCCCUGGCGUCGACACUUCAGCGUCGCCCGGCCAGUCCUCAAGGAGAUCCAAGACGCCUACAUCCUGAGCGGCGCGCGCACUCCCACCGCCAAGUUCAACGGCUCCUUCGUCUCCCUCUCAGCCCCACAACUCGGCGCCGAGGCCAUCAAAUCCGCCCUCAUCAAAUCCAACCUCCCCGCCUCCAAAAUCACCGACGUCUACAUGGGCAACGUCCUCCAAGGCUCAGUAGGCCAAGCACCCGCCCGCCAAGCCUCCAUCUUCGCGGGCCUCUCGCCCACCGUGGAAUCCACCACCGUGAACAAAGUCUGCGCCUCAGGACUGAAAGCCAUCGCCAUCGCGGCGCAGAACAUCCAGCUCGGACUCGCGGAAGCGCAAAUCGCAGGCGGAAUGGAGAAUAUGUCGCGGGUCCCGUAUUACUUGCCGCGGUCGAGUCAGUUGCCCCCCUUCGGGGAGAUUAAGCUCGAGGAUGGAUUGAUCAAGGAUGGGUUGUGGGAUGUGUAUAAUCAGUUUCAUAUGGGGAUUUGUGCGGAGCAGACGGUUAAGAAGUAUGGAAUUUCGAGGGAGGAGCAGGAUGAGUAUGCCAUUCGGUCGUAUGAGAGGGCGCAGAAGGCGUGGGCGGGGGGCGUGUUCGCAGAGGAGGUUGUGCCGGUCACGGUGAAGGGGAAGAAGGGGGAUGUGGUGGUGGAGAGGGAUGAGGGGUUUGAGAAUCUGAAGGCAGAGAAGUUGCGGGGGUUGAAGCCCGCGUUUUUGAGGGAUGGGACGGGCACGGUUACGGCGGGGAAUGCCUCCACGAUGAAUGAUGGCGCGUCGGCGGUCGUGUUGGCGAAUCGGGACCUGGCGAGGGAGUUUGGGACGGGCAAUCGGGCCCUGGCGAGGAUUGUUUCCUCGGCGGAUGCGGCGAUUGAUCCCGUGGACUUUCCGGUGGCCCCAGCCAAGGCGGUCCCGAUUGCGUUGGAGCGUGCAGGCAUCACCAAGGAGCAGGUCGCGGUGUGGGAGUUUAAUGAGGCGUUUGCGGCGGUGAUCAAGGCGAAUGAGAAGAUUCUCGGACUACACAACGCGCGGGUCAAUCCCCUCGGAGGCGCCAUCUCGCUGGGCCAUGCAUUGGGCAGCUCGGGCUCGCGCAUCCUGGUGACGCUGCUGCACCAGCUGCAACCGGGGGAGUAUGGCGUGGCAGCGAUCUGCAAUGGAGGCGGCGCGGCCAGUGCCAUGGUGGUACAGAAGCUGGAGCGGGUGGAUUAG